AAAGUCUUUAAGCAUAAUAACAAAAUAGUUACUAUGGUACAAAACAGUACAAGGGAACACAAAAAGCCCGUUUUGCUGCUGUUAUAUGCCCCUCCCCCACUUGGGCGAGACUUCCCGCCUCUUUUCUUAGGUUCUCAGUUCGGUCCGCCAACGGACGUAUAAAAGCCUGCAUCAGCUGAGGCAGCGACAAGACGUUGUGGAAGUUUCUCUCUCACUAUGUCUGGCCGUGGUAAAGGCGGGAAGGGUCUGGGCAAAGGCGGCGCCAAGCGCCACCGCAAGGUCCUGCGUGACAACAUCCAGGGCAUCACCAAGCCCGCCAUCCGGCGCCUGGCCCGGCGUGGCGGCGUCAAGCGCAUCUCCGGCCUCAUCUACGAGGAGACCCGCGGGGUGCUCAAGGUCUUCCUGGAGAAUGUGAUCCGGGACGCCGUCACCUACACCGAGCACGCCAAGCGCAAGACGGUCACCGCCAUGGACGUGGUCUACGCGCUCAAGCGCCAAGGCCGCACCCUCUACGGCUUCGGCGGCUAAGUGUUGGCGCUUUUG